GCUUAUGCUUUUUGUAAUUUUUUGUUUCAGGAUGCAGGAUAUGAGACAAUAAUGAUGAAUUCGAAUCCUGAGACAGUAUCUACAGAUUAUGAUACAAGUGACCGUCUCUACUUUGAACCCCUAACAGUUGAGGAUGUUCUAAAUGUGAUUGAUUUAGAACGUCCUGAUGGCAUAAUUGUACAGUUUGGAGGCCAAACACCUCUGAAGUUGGCCCUUCCUGUCAAGCAGUACUUAGAUGAGCACAGGCCUACGAGUUCCACCGGUGCUGGACCUGUAUCCAUAUGGGGUACAUCCCCAGAUUCCAUAGAUGCAGCUGAGGACCGAGAGAAGUUCAACGCAAUGCUUAAGGAGUUGAACAUUGAACAGCCAAAAGGUGGCAUUGCUAAGAGUGAAGCUGAUGCUCUCGCGAUUGCAAAGGAUAUAGGUUACCCUGUUGUUGUCCGGCCUUCAUAUGUCUUGGGUGGUCGUGCAAUGGAGAUUGUGUAUGAUGAUGAAAAGCUUGUAACCUAUUUGGAGAAUGCUGUUGAAGUUGACCCCAACCGUCCUGUGCUGAUUGACAAGUAUUUAUCAGAUGCCAUUGAGAUUGAUGUCGAUGCACUUGCUGAUUCUUAUGGGAAUGUGGUAAUUGGUGGAAUAAUGGAGCACAUUGAGCAGGCUGGUGUCCACUCUGGUGACUCUGCCUGCAUGCUUCCCACACAGACUGUCCCAUCUUCUUGCUUGGAAACUAUAAGAUCAUGGACUACAAAGUUGGCAAGGAGGUUGAAUGUAUGUGGACUAAUGAAUUGUCAGUAUGCAAUCACAUUAUCGGGAGAUGUUUUCUUGCUAGAGGCGAAUCCCCGAGCUUCUCGUACUGUCCCAUUCGUAUCCAAGGCAAUAGGUCAUCCACUUGCUAAAUAUGCGGCUCUUGUGAUGUCUGGGAAGGCACUUCAAGACCUAAAGUUCACAAAAGAGCUUAUCCCACAACAUGUGGCAGUGAAAGAAGCUGUCUUUCCAUUUGAGAAGUUCCAGGGCUGCGAUGUCUUGUUAGGGCCUGAGAUGAGAAGCACCGGUGAGGUUAUGAGUAUUGGUUUUGUAUUUGCCAUUGCAUUUGCCAUGGCCCAAAUUGCCGCUGGGCAGAAGCUACCACUUACUGGCACAGUGUUUAUCAGCUUAAAUGACUUGACAAAGCCCCACUUAGAGAAGAUUGCAAAGGCUUUCUUAGGGCUAGGAUUCAAGAUUGUUUCGACUUCUGGGACUGCUCAUUUUCUUGAAUUAAAAGGUAUUCCAGUGGAGCGAGUGCUGAAGAUGCAUGAAGGGCGGCCACAUGCAGCUGAUUUGGUUGCUAACGGGCAAAUUCACUUAAUGGUCAUCACAAGCUCUGGUGAUGCACUUGAUCAAAUUGAUGGUCGUCAACUGAGAAGGAUGGCUCUUGCUUACAAGGUUCCUAUAAUAACGACAGUUGCUGGGGCUCUGGCCACUGCUGAGGCAAUAAAGAGCUUGAAAUCAAGUACAAUUAAAAUGAUUGCCCUUCAGGACUUCUUUAACAUUGAGUCAAAACUAGAGAGCAGUAAAGACCUGCAGUCACUGUCUUCUUCACCAUAAAUUGAGUAGGCAUUUUUGGCAAACUGUUUGAGAAGGGUCGUUGCCUCAAGAAGAGAUGGAUGUACGACCAAAUUAUGUACGUGGUGUUUUAGAAGCCAUUGCAUCCAAGUGCUAUGAGAAUGAGAGCAACUACAAGAAUGUGAUUUAACCAAUAGAGGCAGAAUUUAGGGUGGCGUUUUUUAAUGAGUUGUCUCUGAAAUGUUGUGUGUUAAAAAAUCAGAGACAUUCAGUUGUGUAUAAUCGUGAACCCAAUAAUUAUUGUCAAGAAAUUAACCCUAAUAAACAUUCAGGAUGUUUGAAUUUGGAUUUAUAUUAUCGUUCAUCAA